CUUCGCCAUAAAGGUCAACACUCUUUGUUUCGGUUGCGCUCUGAAAAGGAGCAUCGGUCAUGGGCACACCUUAGCCUUCAUGAUCAACUCAGGCAAUUGCCAUGACAACGCAAAGGGUGCUAUGCGUGGCAGAAAAGCCGGCCAUUGCUAAAGCCGUGGCCCAGCACUUGUCCGGCGGCUCCUUUCAAACAAUAGCCAUCCGAGGGAACCAAUAUGUGAAAAACUAUGUAUUCGAUUUCAAUUUUGGUGGCCCAUGGGGCACUUGCUCUGUGACCAUGACCAGCGUCAUUGGACACUUGACUGGUCUAGAUUUUGAACGCCAAUAUAGAACUUGGCUGUCAUGUCCCCCAUCAGCCCUCUUCGAAGCUCCAGUACACGAGUCUGUGGCUGACGAUAAAGUAGCUAUUGCGAAAAACAUCCAGGAACAAGCCCGGAGAUGCAAGGCUCUCUUUAUCUGGACAGACUGUGAUCGAGAAGGUGAGCAUAUAGGAACGGAAAUCCGCAAGCAAGCAAAGGAAGGAAACGCUCGCAUUGUCAUCAAACGGGCAAGGUUCAGCAAUACAGAAAAGGCCCAUGUGCUACAUGCUGCUCGGUCACUGAUCGAACUUGAUGACCUCCAAGCAAACGCUGUUGCGGCCAGAAUCGAACUGGAUCUCCGGAUUGGUGCGGCAUUCACUCGUCUGCAAACGCUCCAGUUGAAACCUCUUUCUGCGGCGCUUCAAGAUACUAUCAUAAGCUAUGGAUCCUGUCAAUUCCCGACACUCGGUUUUGUAGUUGAUCGUUAUCUCCGCGUCAAGAACUUCAAACCUGAGACCUUUUGGGGAAUCAAAGUUGUGCAUACCCGGGACGACAUCAAGGUCAAUUUCCUCUGGAAACGUGUUCAUCUUUUUGACAGAGCUGCGGUGACGGUGAUGCUCGAGCGGUGUCUCAUGGCAAAGAAAGCCAAAGUCACCAAGGUCACCCAAAAGCCCACCAGCAAAUGGAGACCUCUACCUUUGACAACAGUGGACCUUCAGAUGAUGGGAAGUAGAUAUCUUCGCAUGGACAGUCAGACAAUCAUGAAGGUCGCGGAAGCCCUAUACACGAAGGGUUUUAUCAGUUACCCACGUACCGAAACAGAUCAAUUUGAUAAGGGCAUUGACUUGAAAAAGCUCGUUGAGAAGCAGCUACCGGACGGAAACUGGGGUCAAUAUGCUCGACAUCUGCUGGACGGCGCAUUCAAGACUCCACGAUCAGGUCGACACAACGAUCAAGCCCACCCACCUAUACACCCCAUUUGCUGGGUCGCACCCACGGCUCUUACGGCUGACGAGAAGAAAGUCUACGAGUUCGUCGUCCGACGCUUCCUUGCGUGCUGCUCCGAGGAUGCCAAGGGUCAGUCGACGGAGGUCGAGAUCCAAUACGGUGACGAGUUCUUCCACGCCAAGGGCCUCUUAGUUCUCGAACGGAAUUAUCUAGAUGUCUACGUCUACGACAAGUGGGAGAGUAGUCAGCAACUGCCAAACUUCCAGAUGGGUGAAAUGUUCGAACCCACUGAAGCCAAGAUCUUCGACGGCAAGACCACACCUCCGGAUUACCUCACUGAACCGGAACUGAUUGGCCUGAUGGACGCCAAUGGAAUCGGUACCGAUGCUACCAUGGCGGAGCACAUUGCAAAAAUUAAGGAACGACAAUACGUUGCCGUUCAUUCGCGUGGGAGCGGUCGAAACGCAGUUAAAGAACUGAUCCCCACCCGGUUGGGUAUUGCUCUGGUAGAAGGAUAUGAUAAUGUCUUCGCCGGUAUACCAGAUAGCCCUUCUCUGAGCAAACCCUUCCUUCGGAAGGAGAUGGAGCUGCGCAUGCGGGAAAUCUGCGCCGGCAGGCGGACACGACAGCAGGUUGUGCAGGAGAGUCUUGACAUGUAUCGGGAGGUAUUUGUGCACACGCAGCGGCGGAUCAAUAGGCUGAAGGAUGCCUGUCGAAAGUACCUGAAUGAACAGGAAACUUCCUAACUUUGCUGAACCAAAUUAUUGUCUCGAGCAGCUGAUUAUGAUACCCUUGGCUGGUGAAGUUUAAUAAACUGUAUAUUCCCGUCUGGCGUUGGAAAGUUUUAAUUCAUCCUUAUAAUUCAGGUCCCUGCGCAAAUGUCUCCGGUAUGUUGGAUCUUUGCACUAGCAACUCACAUGCAAGGUUAUG